GGAUUGUUGACAUGAAUUAAUCAUCAAGAAUUCAAGACUCAGGAGUCAGGAGACAGGAGGCAAUGGCUUACAGGUAAAAAAUGAGCUGUGUGUUUACACUUCCGGCCUUCCACAAUCCCUAACCCCCAAAAAUUCCAACCUCGAAUCGAUGAAACGAACACACAUCUACCACACUUUCACAAAUCAAAAAUGGCGAACCACUUUGCUAACAAUCUCCAUUUUCUCUCUCCUACUAAUCUUCUCUCUUGCAUUCCUCCGACGUAAAUCAUCUCCACUCCACAAUCUACACUCAACAACUUACUCCCGUGAAAAUUCACGCCUUCUUCCUGAGAUUCCGAGGUUUGCUUACUUAAUAUCAGGGACAAAAGGCGAGGGUUUGCAAGUGAAGAGAUUACUUCAAGCAGUAUAUCAUCCAAGAAACUACUACCUAAUUCACCUUGAUCGUGAUGCGUCGGAUGAUGAGAGGGUUGACUUUGCUAAGUAUGUUAAGUCGGAGGCGGCGGUGAGGCGAUUUAGGAAUGUUAUGGUGGUUGGGAAGGCGGAUUUGAUCACUUCUAAAGGUCCUUCUGCUACUGCUUCUAUGCUUCAUGGUUUUGCUAUUUUGUUGAAGCAGGCCAAACAGUGGGAUUGGUUUAUCAACCUCAAUGCUUGGGAUUAUCCUCUUAUUUCACAAGAUGAUCUUCUGCAUAUCUUCUCUUACUUGCCGAGAGACUUGAAUUUUCUUGAGCACACAAGUGAUAUCGGUUGGAAAGAACAUCAAAGGGCCCGGCCUAUCAUCAUCGAUCCUGGCUUGUAUCAUGUGAAAAAAUCUGGUGUUUUUUGGGCCAAAGAAAAAAGGUCUUUGCCUUCUUCUUUUAAGUUGUUCACAGGAUCUGAAUGGGUGGUGCUAACUAAAUCUUUUGUUGAUUUCUGCAUAUGGGGAUGGGAUAAUCUUCCUCGUACACUACUCAUGUACUACACAAAUUUCUUAUCCUCUUCCGAGGGUUACUUUCACACUGUGGUCUGUAACCAUAAAAACUACCAGAAUACCACUGUGAACCAUGAUCUGCGGUAUAUGAAGUGGGACAACCCUCCAAAUCAGCAUCCUGUCAACUUAACCCAGGAGCAUUUUCAUGACAUGGUUCAGAGUGGAGCACCUUUUGCACGCAGGUUUGCUAUAAACGACCCUGUUCUUGACCAGAUUGAUCGGGAUCUUUUGAAGAGAUCGAAUGGUCAUUUUGUGCCUGGGGGGUGGUGCCUGGGAAAAUCUUCUCAUGGGAAGGAUCCAUGUGUACUAUUUGGGAAUUCGGAUGCUAUAAAACCAAGUGUAAACACCAGAAUGCUUGAAAAACUUGUUCUCCAGCUUCUUGAUCCCGAAAACUUUAGAUCUAAGCAAUGUAGGUAACUUUCGUAAUACUUUACAUUGUGAUUCGCUCACUAUAAUUCAAAUGGAAAACUAAACGUGCAAAUAUGAAAUAUCUGCAUCCCAAGUCGUUAAGUAGUCGGCAUGAAAAUGGACUUGUGUUUCUUCCACACAGUUGCUCAAAGCCUCAAACUAUAACUCAAAGUUGUGCAUUUCAAUGAAGAUUAGUGUAUUGUUAA